GGCUGAGGCCAUGGCCUUGGACCAUGUGAGUGUUACCAAGGCCCUGAGCUAGUGUGGGGCCAGAGAUGGGUUGAAGGGAAGGCUUCCAGAGCUAUUCCCAAACUGGGCUGCAGAUUCGACCAGACUUGGUGACCUCUGGAUGUGGGGAGCGAGGGAAAGGGCAGAGUCGGACAUGACACAGUUUGCACCUAGUGCAGAGACCUUGUGUGGUGAUUUCUGUAACCUGGCCAGCCGUAGGCCCCUUCAGGGGACGAUCUGGCAGUAUGGAGAGGAAAAGACUCGGCGUCUGAGUUCACGCAGGCCUGGAUUUGAAUUUUGACUCUACUGCUCACAAGCUGUGUGACCUUGAGCAAGGUAUAUCCCUCUGUGAGCCUCAGUUUCCUCAUCUGUAAAACUGGGAUAAAAUAAACAGCGACUUUGGAUGGCCACUUUGAGGACAUCCUUAAAUGAGGCAACACAUGUCAAGCCCUGGAAGUAUAUCAGGCAAAGCAUGAAGCCUCAGAAGUGGUCAGGUUAUGCUUAUUAUCCCCGGCUCCUGGCCACCUCCGUCUGGCCCUGAGGAUGACUUCCUUCCUGAGGGGGGACAGACUCCAGCAGACUUUGAAGAAGGCAGUUCCAUUCAUUCACUAAAUUUUUUUUAAUCCCCCAUUAUGUCUCAGGCGCUGUUCUAAGCACUGGAAGUUGCAGUAAACAAACCAGACAAAAAUCUCCCUUCCCUUGGAGGGUACAUUCUAGAGAUAAAUGAACAACGUGUUUACUAAGUGCCAAGAAGAAAAAGUCGGGGAGAGGGAUAGGAAGUUUGGGGAGGUAGGGUGUGACCAGGGUAGGCCUCCAGGAGAAUGUGACUUUUGAUUCAAGGCUUCAAGGAGGCGGGGCAGCAAGGCAGGAGGCUAUCUGAGGAAAGAACAUUCCAGGCAAAAGGAACAGCAAGAAGUAGAGUGUGUCUGGUGGCAGUGCUCAGAUGCCCCCCUCAGUCACACUUCUAAGAUCACACAGCCAGUCAAGAGUAGAGAAAUGGUAAAAACAAAUAAAAAACUAAAAACCACAGAGCCACCAAACCUACCGUGAAGCCUGAUUUCUGCCUCUUUUUCUUCACCACUUCCCCCCACCAUUUUCCGGGUCUGAGUUCCAAAAUGAUAAGGAGAGCUAGCACUUACUGAGCAUUUACCGUGUGCCACACACUCUUCUAGAUACUGCCGACAACCCUACGAUGAGAGCUGUUCAUUAUCCCACCUUGUUGACAAGGAAACUGAGAUCCAGAGAGGUUAAGCAGCUUGCCCAGGGUCAUAUAGCUAGUGUCUUCUCCAUCUCCCAUAAGCCCUUGCAGGACAGUGGCUAGUGAUGGGGCAGAUGAACUCAGGAGAGCUAGGUCCAAACCCUGACUUGCUUAGUCGUGAAACCAGGGGUACAUCACCCUACCACUACAUUCUACCUGAAAGUGAGGAGUUUAGAGCAUUUAAAGCCUCAGUUUCCUCACCUCUGCAAUGGGGUGAUGAUAGUCCCUGCCUCCCUGUGGGCCUUUUGAGUGUUGAAAUGAGAGGAUGCAGAUAAAAUGCUUGCACUGUGGCAUGUAAUAAGCAUUUCAUAAAUGGCAGCUAUAAGUACCAUGAUGAUGUUGAUUCUAGGUGAUCUCUAAGGGCCAGACCAGCUUUGACCUCUGUGGUUCGAAGAAGCCCUGACAGGCCUGCUCCACGCACCUUGGGAGCACACAGCCACGCCUCAGUAGGCACCGAGCCCGCUGCACAGGUUGUGCAGAAGGAAGAGGCCCUGCAGAAGGGACUCGCUGAGCCACCCCCACUCCACUCCAUGUUGGCUGUGCUCUCAGGCUGGCGCCAUGCCCCCCCCUGCAGAGGUGACGGAUCCGUCCCAUGCCCCCGCCGUCCUGCGCCAGCUCAAUGAGCAGCGGCUCCGUGGCCUCUUCUGUGACGUCACCCUCAUAGCCGGAGACACCAAGUUCCCUGCUCACCGCAGCGUCCUGGCUGCUUCUAGUCCCUUCUUCAGAGAGGCCCUGCUGGCUUCAGCCCCACUGCCCCUCCCACCAGUUACUGGGGGCUCGGCCCCCAACCCUGCCACCACCACAGCUGCCUCCUCCUCCUCCUCCUCUUCCUCCUCCUCCUCUUCCUCUUCUUCCUCCUCCUCCUCUUCCUCUUCCUCCUCCUCCUCCUCCUCUUCCUCCUCCUCUCCCCCUCCAGCCUCACCCCCUGCAUCAUCCCCUCCCCGGGUCCUGGAGCUGCCAGGGGUCCCAGCAGCUGCCUUCUCUGAUGUCCUCAAUUUCAUCUACAGUGCCCGGCUUGCACUACCUGGCGGUGGAGGGGACGGGGCAGCUGUGGCAGAGAUCGGAGCUCUGGGGCGGCGUCUGGGCAUCUCCCGCCUGCAGGGCCUCGGGGAGGGAGGUGAUGCCUGGGUACCUCCUGCCCCAGCCCCCAUGGCCACCUCGCAGCCUGAAGAGGACAGCUUCGGGCCUGGGCCUAGGCCAGCUGGGGAAUGGGAGAGUGACAGGGCUGAGGCCCAGGCUUCUGACUCGCAGCCCACCCUGCCCCGGCAGCCCCUCCCCUGCCCCCGAUGUGGGAAAAGCUUCAUCCAUCCCAAGCGGCUACAGACCCAUGAGGCACAGUGCAGACGGGGGGCCAGCACUCAGGGGUCUGCAGGGCUGACAGCCGGGGGCUCAGGCCCCAGUGGUCCUGCAGGAGUGGACGCCUCAGCCCUGCCCCCACCAGUGGGCUUCCGCGGUGGCCCGGAGCACGUGGUGAAGGUGGUGGGUGGCCACGUGCUGUAUGUGUGCGCGGCCUGCGAGCGUUCCUACGUGACCCUGUCCAGCCUGAAGCGGCACAGUAAUGUACACUCGUGGCGGAGGAAGUACCCCUGCCGCUAUUGUGAGAAGGUGUUCGCCCUGGCUGAGUACCGCACCAAGCAUGAGGUGUGGCACACCGGGGAACGCAGGUACCAGUGCAUCUUCUGCUGGGAGACCUUUGUCACUUAUUAUAACCUGAAGACCCACCAGCGAGCCUUCCACGGCAUUAGCCCUGGCCUCCUGGCCAGUGAGAAGACACCCAAUGGAGGUUAUAAGCCCAAGCUCAACACCCUCAAGCUGUACCGCCUGCUCCCCAUGCGGGCAGCCAAGAGGCCCUACAAGACCUACAGCCAGGGAGCCCCCGAGGCCCCCCUUUCUCCAAGCCUCAACACACCGGCCCCUGCAGCAAUGCCAGCCAGCCCACCACCUGGACCCCCGCCUGCCCCAGAGCCUGGCCCGCCACCCUCUGUCAUCACUUUUGCCCACCCAGCUCCAUCUGUCAUUGUUCAUGGGGGCAGUAGCAGUGGUGGAACAGGGGGUGGGCCAGCCAGCACAGGGGGGGCCCAAGCCGCCUCGGUCAUCACUUACACUGCUCCCCCGAGGCCUCCCAAAAAACGUGAGUACCCCCCUCCUCCUCCCGAGCCUGCAGCCACACCAGCCAGCGUAGCCACAGCGGGCAGCCCAGCAACAGCCGCAGGGCCCGCCACAGCCACGGAGGAGGCCAAGGGCCGGAACCCACGGGCCGGAAGGACUCUGACCUACACAGCCAAGCCAGCUGGAGGGAUUGGUGGGGGCGGGGGUCCCCCUGCAGGGCCUGGCCGAGGCCCCUCUCAGCUACAGGCUCCACCUCCACUGUGUCAGAUCACUGUGCGAAUCGGUGAGGAGGCCAUUGUCAAGCGCCGCAUCUCAGAAACUGACCUGCGUCCUGGGGAGCUGAGCGGAGAGGACAUGGAGGAGAGUGAGGAGGAUGAUGAAGAGGACGACGAUGAUGAGGACGAGGAGGAGGAGGAGGAAUCAAAGGCUGGUGGGGAGGACCAGCUCUGGAGGCCCUACUACUCAUACAAGCCCAAGCGCAAGGCUGGAGCUACAGGUGCAGGCAGCAGUGGGGGCAGCGGGAUGCCCAGAGGCCGCCGGCCACCACGCUGGAGACAGAAGCUGGAACGCAGGAGCUGGGAGGAGACCCCCGCGGCUGAAGGCCCCACAGGGCGUGCCCGUGGCGAGCGGAGGCACCGCUGUGGGGACUGUGCCCAGACAUUUGCCACCCUGAGGAAGCUGCGAAAGCACCAGGAGGCCCACAGUGGAGGUUCCCAUGGCUCCCGGGCUGGACGUAGGCCUUCCACCCGCUUUGCCUGCCCUCACUGCGCCAAGGUGUGCAAGACGGCAGCCGCCCUGAGCCGCCACGGGCAGAGGCAUGCUGCCGAGCGGCCCGGGGGCACCCCCACACCUGUCAUUGCCUACUCCAAGGGCAGCACCGGCACCAGACCUGGGGAUGUCAAGGAAGAAGCCCCCCAAGAGAUGCAAGUCUCCUCAUCCAGUGGGGAGGCAGGUGGCGGGAGUGCUGCUGCUGAGGAAGCUUCCAAGACCGCCUCACUCCAGGACCCUGUCAUCUCGGGGGGUGAGGAGCCCCCAGUGGUGGGAGGAGGGGGCACCUAUGCCUACCCACCUGUGCAGGAAUUUCCACUGGCUCUAAUUGGGGGUGGCCGGGAACCUGGCGGUGGCAGGGGAAAACCUGGGAGUGAGGGGCCAGUGGGGGCUGGGGAGGGGGACCGCAUGGAGGCAAUGGGGGCUGCCAAAGUCACCUUCUACCCUGAGCCCUACCCACUAGUCUAUGGCCCCCAGCUCCUUGCCGCCUACCCUUACAACUUCAGCAACUUGGCUGCUCUCCCGGUUGCUCUUAACAUGGUCCUACCUGAUGAGAAGGGAGGGGGGGCCCUUCCCUUCCUCCCAGGGGUCUUUGGCUACACAGUCAAUCCUCAAGCAGCACCCCCUACCCCCCCAACGCCACCCCCCCCAACUCUUCCUCCACCAGUGCCCCCUAAGGGAGAAGGGGAAAGGGCAGGGGUCGAGAGAACCCAGAAGGGAGAUGUGGGGUGAGCUCUUGGCCCAGAUCCCCCCUUUCACCAGAUGCCACCCUCCCUGAACCCCCCGCCACUACCAGCUCCCUGGCCUCCCUGCCCCUUGGGAGUCCCUCUACACUCUUGUGCAGGGACUUGGGGGCCCCUGGAGCUCAGGGGUCAGGCUGCUUUGUGUGAGAUUGUAGUUUUCCCAUCUCCUGGGAAGGGAUCUUUGGUGGUUCCCCUCUCAGUUCUCCUCCAGGGAAUGGCCUCCAUGAGGGGCAGGGCCAGCUCCCAUCCCUUCUCCAGCCCUUGGGGCAACUGAGCAAUAUACUUAUAAGAAUCUCUACUCAUGGCCCCCACCAGCUCUGAAUGUCUAACCCGACCCCCUAAUUCGUAAACCUAGGGGGAAACCAUCUCUCUCCCAUAAUGAUCCCCUCUCAUUCUGAAGCUUUCUCUAAGCCCUUCCCCAGAUGCUUCCUAGCACAUUCCAUUCUUCAUGGCCCAGGGCCUGGACCAGACCAUUGUGAUACCUGACACCCCCCACCUGGGAACAUGGCUUUGGAUUCCAUUCUUCCCAAGCGUGGGUUUCUAUGUCCGUUUCCUUCACGUUAAGAUGCCAUGCCUUCCUUGGCUUCCAUGCCUUUGGAUCUUCCAUAUUCUUCCUCAUACUCCUAGACUCUGGAGAUGGCCUCUCCCAAUCCAGGUCAAGGAGGUGUUGGGGGGAGGGUGAACCUACCUGUCUGUUCCAUGGCUGAGUACUUUCCCAGCCCAGGGCAGCAUCAAUCUUAGCCCUAUCUUGACCCCCAAAUCUAGUGAGCCCCAGAUUCUUCCAAGGCAAAAGAGGUGAGUAGAGCACACCUCUUCCUGCCUCUGCAUAUGGCCUCUUCUGGGAUAAACCAGAUUUGGGGGCCAGGAGGGAGGAGCUCCAUAUGGGAUGGGGAAGGGAAUCUACUUUCUCCCUGUUUUUUCCUGAUGGUUUCUCCCAGACUAGACCAAAUAGCCAGAAAAAUGAUGGGAGUUGGAUGGGUGGGUAAGCCCAGGAUUUGCACAUGACCUCCCAUCCUUACCCUUACCCCCAUCUUCCCCAGUGUCGCUCUCCUCACCAAUCACUCCAGAUGGUUUUUGGGAAACCAUCCUACUCCCUUGGUGGGCUUUGGGGUAUCCCCACCAACUUUCCCUCCAAAAUAGCACCUUACACCCCAUUUUUGACUCAGUUCCCCACACCCAAAGAUCCCAGCCUAGGGAUGGGGUGCAGGGACCUUAAGUAGUCCCUAAUCCCUAAUUUGCACUAGUUAACCCUGGUCAGGGGUCCCUAUGUUUCCUUCCAGUGGGGGAGUUGAAGAAAUGUUUGCUCCUAAUUCUCUUUGAUAACUGGGCCUCCCCUCUCUGUGAUUGGAUGAACGUUUCCCAUCCCACCCACCCCUGCCUCAAAAAAACCCACACAAAAAAACAAAACAAAACAGCUCACAGGGGAGAGCAAGUUUGGGGGAGCAAAUUUGACAAAUGGGAACUAGAGGAGUGCAGUUUUAAAAGGGGAAAAGUUGCUGUCAUCAAAAUGGCAGCCUUUUUCCCAGCUACUGUUUUCUGGGGCCAAGAUGGCUGCCCUCUCAACAGAUGCUGAAAGGGCAAGAUCAUGGCUUUUGGAGGGAGGUGAGUUUGGGGGAGGGACAGGAGCAUCUUCCUGCUACCCCUUACCCUCCCAGCAUACAGGACGGGGAAGGUUUUCGACAGGCUCCCUGAAUGUUAACCAUGGAGGAGUGUCGCUCCUUCACUCCUCCUCUGUCUCUUUGCACUUUUCUUGGUCUUGGCCACAGUCCGAGUGAAGAGUUUCCUACUGAAUGUACCAAGUUCGAAUUUUUAAGGGGGGAAAAAAGUUUAAAACAGGGAAAAAUGCAAAAAAUAUCACUAAAAAAUUCCCACAGAUCUUGUUUCUGGCACUUUAGAAAAACUGCGAAAAAAGUACAUAAUAAAGAAUACAUAUAUAUAUAUCUACACACAAAUUAUAUAUAUAUAUACACACACACACACACACACACAGCGGAACCACAGAGAGACUGAGGAAGGCCUUGGAGGCAGGGGGCAGAUGCGAUGACAGUCCCCCCAUAUCCUUAACCUGUACUCCUCUGAGGCAAAAAGGCACAGGAGAUGGAAGGGGUUGAGGAUGGACUGGGGAAUCUGAAUUUCAGAACAGGUCAAAAUUCCAAAACCAUGGACAUUUUGGGAGAACUGAGAUUGUAGACAUUUAUUUUUCUGAAUAUAUGAUUUAGGAAAAUAGUUUCCAGAAUUUGGUGGUUCUGGGCAACAAGUGAGAUUGUGGCGAAAUGGAGAUUAAAAAUAUAUGUAUCUGAGCUGGGGGACUUGAAUAUUGUGCAUUUCAGAUGUUGGAAAUUUGGGAUUUUGCAAUUUUGUCUUUUGAAAAUUAUCAAGUCUUGUCAGUUUGUGCCCUCUUUCCCCAUGUUCCCUGGGAAGAAGGGUGAUGGAGUGGGAAGGCCACUGGUUCUGUGCUACAGCACGCAAGAUUUAGAAUUCUACAGACUCUAGCUCUAUACGUAGUGAGGACCCAGAUUUAGAGAAACUGACCAAUAUUUAUCUCCGCAUUUGUGUGUGUGUCCAACUCUCUAGGCCAAUAAACCAACAAGACAAACAAACUGUG